AAACUAACAUUGUUCUAUGCAUAAUAAUUAAUCUGUGACUCAAACAUUCCGCAAAGUUUAAAAAAAAAAAAUGAUUCUAGUAAGCCUUUGAAAUUUUGAUAAAGUUCAUUUGUUUAUUUAAAUUUUUUCUCCAAGCAAAGGUAGAGAUAGAACAGGUGAUUCACGUUGAAAUAUCACGAAAAAUGAUGAAUAGCAGCACUAAUAAUGGAGCAGGUGAUAACAACCAGUCACAACAACCUCAGAUCGACAAGACAAAACUUAUUGUCAACUAUAUCCCUCAAUUUUCGACUGAAGAAGAUAUUGGUCAAAUUUUCAAGCAAGUUGGAAAGGUAGAAAGUAUAAAGAUAAUGAGGGAUUUCAAGACAGGUUACAGUUAUGGAUUUGGAUUUGUGAAGUAUUCUACUCCGGAGGAAGCAGCCAAGGCUAUUGAAGUCAUUAAUGGAAUGUCAUAUAAGAAUAAACGUUUGAAGGUUUCCUAUUCACGACCUCCAGGCACAGACAUGAGAGAUUCUAAUUUAUAUGUUACAAACCUUCCUAAAGAUGUUACUGAACAAGAUAUUGACCAGAUGUUCAAUCCUUUUGGAGAAAUUGUUCAACGUACAGUUUUGAAAGAUAAAAUAACGGGUAUGCCUAGAGGUGUAGCUUUUGUGCGUUUCUCAAAAGGGGAGGAGGCCCAGAAUGCUAUUGCUAACUUGGACGGUAAGAUGUUGGAUAAGGCGAUAUUUCCACUAAGCGUAAGGGUAGCUGAAGACCAUGGCAGGCAGAAGGCUCAAUAUAUUGAUGUGUGGAAUCCUUUUAUGUAUAACAGGGUGUAAAGGAAGGUCAACUGAUAAAUCGAAAGAAUGACAAUGACUUACCUUAUUCAUCAGUUCUUUCGCUAGGAAUGUUGCCCUUCCGUGGGAUCAUGCCCUUUAGGGAUAUGCCGAUGAACAUGUCAAGAGGAAAUUUCCCCAACCGCUUUGGCCGUUUCAAUAACAUCAGAAACAUGGCGGCGGGCGACAGUUUUCUGCAGACUCCCUUCUAUUUUUAGACCAGAGAGGGGGACGAUGCGGCUCAAGAAGUUUUAGAAUUUUUGUUCCCAUCGUCUUUGGUCUGCUUAAAUAUUCGUUUUUUUCUUUUUUCUCAUGGGCUGUCAUGUGAGAGCUGGCCAGAGAAAUGUACCGAAGAGCCUUUGGAAUUCUCCGCACAUUUGAUUCAUAAAACAUAUUCGGAACAUCUCCCUGGUUUCCCACUAAGGAGCCCACUUUGUUAUUUUGACUUUUCAAAUUAGUUUUUUUUUCAUGUUUUUGACUAUGCUUUUUUUUCUGUUCGAGUUGAGAUUUUCGAAUUGUUGUUUUUCCAUGAGGUUUUUUUUAAGCAGGCCGAGACCUAGUUUGAUUUUAAUCGAUUUUUUUACUGUCACAUAAAAGACUGUUUUAUUUUAUUCAAAGCGAUUUUUUAUACAGAAUUUUCUACCUAUUUAUAUGAAUCGAUUAGUAAUUUUAUAAUUAUUAGUAUAAACUAUAUUAACAAUAAGAAUAUUUACCUUGAGUUGUUUUAUACUUAAGAAAAACUAACACAAAUAGGACUAUGGAGAUGAUAUGCUUUUUUUAGAAAUUUGUGUUAGUUUUUUUUUGAGAUAGGAUGAUGAGUUGUUAUAUUUUACUGUUUUUAAUAUUUAUUUUAUUUGAAUAAAAUUCAAAGAAACGA